AAAUGCAUUUUUUAAAUCAUAUAUUUCUUAUAGUAUUUAUUUGCUUUUCAUAUACAAAAUGCGUUGAUAUCUCAGUCAAAGAUUUAAAAGUUGAAUAUCUGGUAAAUCCAUUGGCCGUUGAUGUCGCUGAGCCGCGUCUUCAAUGGACUUUAGAGGCAACUGAUCCACAAAAACACAGUUUAUCGCAAAAGGCGUACCAAAUACUGGUAUCAAGUGAUGAACAAAGUUUGGCCAAAAAUGUUGGCAACUUAUGGGACACCGGCAAAGUGGCCAGCGAUCUGACCAAUCAUAUACAUUACAAAGGAAAGACAUUAAAUGCAGGACAGAUAGUCUACUGGAAAGUUAAAGUAUGGGAUCAGGAGGACAAAGAGUCAACAUUUAGUACAGUUGCCUAUUGGGGAAAGGGUUUGAACACAUGGACAGGACAAUGGAUUGGAGCACCAAAUGGAUUACAACAUGAGGCACAAAAACAAUUGAAAGAUAUCGACCAAAAAGUUGUACAAAGUCAUCAGGGCUUAUUACCGGUGCUUUAUAUGCGCAAACAAUACAGUACACCAUCGACUACUAAAGUCAAAAGUGCUAUUCUAUAUGCAACAGCACAGGGAGUAUAUAAAGUAUGGAUCAAUAAUAUGCUGGUCAGCGAUCAAAAAAUGAAUCCCGGUUGGACUGACUUCAGAAAGACAAUCAAUUACCAAUCAUAUGAUGUCACUAAUUUAAUCACUGGAAAAGAUACGGCAAUCAGUGUCCUAUUGGGAACCGGUUGGUACAGCGGUUAUAUAGGAUUCUCUCGACAAUAUAAACUAUACGGUGCCGAUCAAUCACUAUUAGUUGAAUUGCACGUACAAUACGAAGAUAACACUACAGCAGUUAUCAAAUCGGACAAUACAUGGAAAGUGAGUACCGGUUCAAUAUUAUAUUCAGAUAUGUUGCAUGGACAGUUGUCUUAUGAGAACUUGGAACCGAAAAAUUGGCGAUUCCUGAAUUUUGAUGACAGCAAAUGGGCACAGGUAGUUGCUAGGCCAACCGAUAAAAAUGUAGCACUAGUAGCUGAUAGUGGUGUGCCUAUCAGAGUAACACAGGAGAUCAAACCUAUUGCCAAAUGGCAGAGCAAACCCGGUAUUUGGGUAUUUGAUUUUGGCCAGAACUCGGUCGGUUGGAUUCGAUUGAAAAAACCUGCCGGUGCGCAAACACGUGUUCAGUUAAGAUAUGCCGAAGUACUUAAUCCCGACGGAUCGAUAUAUACACUUAACCUGAGAUCAGCCUUAGCUACUGAUACCUAUGUUUUUACAGACUCAUCUGAAAACACCGUUGAACCGGACUUUACAUUUCAUGGCUAUCGAUACGUUGAAAUCAGUGGAUAUCCGGGCGAACCACAACUAACUGAUCUCACGGCACGAGUGAUCCACUCCGACACACCUCUUAAGUCUCGUUUGGAAACGUCUAAUCCUUUGGUCAAUAAAUUGAUAAGUAAUAUACGUUGGGGUCAACGAAGUAAUUUUAUUUCGGUACCGACUGACUGUCCACAACGUGAUGAGCGUUUGGGAUGGAUGGGCGACGCAGAGAUUUUUGUACAUACGGCCAGUUAUAAUGGAGAUGUUGCAGCGUUUUAUACCAAAUGGAUGCGCGAUGUAGUCGAUGGCCAGUCUGCUGAAGGAGGCUUUUCUGAUGUUGCGCCCCGAAUGGUAGAUCCAGCAGACGGUGCACCCGCUUGGGGCGAUGCUGGUGUCAUAGUUCCCUAUACUGUAUACAAGAUGUUUGGCGACUUACAGAUGGUGUCCAAUCAUUACGAACCUAUGAAUAAAUGGAUGACUUAUAUCGGAUCCCAAAAUCCUGAUUACAUGUGGACUAAACGAUUAAACAAUAAUUUCGGUGAUUGGCUUCAAGUAAACGCCGACACACCUAAGGAAGUGAUGAAUACUGCUUACUAUGGAUACGACGCUCUGUUGAUGUCCCGAAUGGCCGCCGCUCUCAAUCGUCCCGAAGAUGUCAAGAAAUACACUGAUUUACAUCAAAAUAUUGCCAAUGCUUUUAAUAAGGCUUUUGUCAACUCCACUGAUGGACGUAUCAAAGGUGACACACAAACUGGUUAUGUGAUUGCAUUGGCAUUUGAGUUAUUACCUGAAAAGUUGAGACCACUAGCCGCCAAUCAUUUGGCUGACAAUAUUAAAGCUCAUAACUGGCAUCUGACCACUGGUUUUAUUGGUGUAGGAUAUUUGUGUCCAACAUUAACACAGUUUGGACACCACGAUGUUGCUUAUAAGCUACUGUUACAGGAAACCUACCCGUCCUGGGGAUACAGCAUAAAUAAUAAUGCGACAACAAUCUGGGAGCGAUGGGAUGGUUGGACUAAAGAAAAAGGGUUUCAAAACCCGGGUAUGAAUUCAUUCAAUCACUAUUCGUUAGGAUCAGUCGGACGAUGGCUGUGGCAAUCUGUGGCCGGUAUUGAUAAUAAUGGUAACGGUGUUGCCUUUAAGGAUAUACUGAUUUCACCCAAACCCGGUGCCAAUCUCUAUAAUCUGACCGCUUCUUAUCAUUCAAUUAACGGUCAAAUUGACAACUCAUGGGUCACUAAUGGCACACACAUUAAAUUUAAUGCAUUAAUACCAGUGAACACACGGGCGACAAUUGAUGUGACAUUUAUCCGCAAUGAAACGGUACACAGCAAUGUAGGGUCAGGUAGUUAUCAGUUUAUAGGAGAGCUUAACAAACAUUACGAUCAGGUUAUCAAUGAAUUGAUAUUUUAAAACUUAAAAAAUUAAUAUUUAAGUUACUGUUAUAUGUUUUGU